AUGGCCGAUGAAGAUAAUAAGCAUUUAGAUGAAAGAAAAUAUAAUCUCCUUAAACUAAAUAAAAGUGUUGGUAAAUGGAAGAAACUUAGGGUAUAUUCUUUCCAACGUCUAGUCAUUGCUGCGGCAAUUUGUGCAUUUUCACUUGGAAUUGGAUGCUAUCUUUAUAUUUCAGAUAAAGAUAGCAUAGAGUCAUCAGUAAAAAGGGUCAUUUCAACUUCAGUUUUUGGAGUAGGAAGCACAGGAAUUCUUGUCAAAAGUCUAACGUCGCUCAAAACUCUUUUUACUAAAAAAAAGGAUGUAAAGAUUGAAAAUAAUAAUAAAGAAAACGAGAUAUUUGGUUCUGACAUCGUUAAAAAGUCAACAAUAAAUUGUCCAAGAAAAUUAGAUUCUCAUGAAUCUUCACCAAUAUUGUUUGUAAAGGCACUUAUUGAGCAUAUGCAUAUUAUGAUGAUUUGGCAAGAAGUGGACAAAGGCGACAUGAAUAAAGUAUAUAAUGAAAAAAAUGAUGAGGAUAUACCCGAGUUGGCUGAUGAUAUAAUAAGUUUUAUAAUGACACGCAUACACGACGAAGAUUAUCAUUAUUAUCAUAUUUUAACCAAUGAAUACCUUAUAGGAAUUUUGGUAAUUAUAAAGCUAAUGGCACGUUAUUUAACUAUAUUGCACGACGAAUUUGAGAAGAAGAGAAAUUCUAAUGAUAAAGGCAAUUCAAAUAAUAAUGAAUCGACAAUACCGCAUGACGAAAAAGAAAGUAAAAACAAUUUGAAUGAUGAAAACAAAUCAAAUUAUUCAGAGUGUGUGCACGCUUUACUCGGAAGUAUAAAUGCUUGUAUGGAUGCCGUUUUUCAAGAAGACAAUAGACUUAUGAGGAAGGGGUUAAAAAAAUUGUAUUUACUUAAACCUAAUUUGGAUUCAAAAUUUCGUAUAUAUUAUCUUAGUGACCUCGAUGAAAAAAAUUAUAUUAAGAAGAGUAUUGCUAAAUAUUUUGAGGAGGAAAGAUCUGUGCCUGAAAAAGAUUAUAAAGGUACAGUUAUUAGUAUAAAUGAUGUAGACAAAUUUAUAAACAAUGCAAACAUCAUUUUGGAGAAAUCUUUAGAAAUUUAUCAAGAACAAGAUCAUAAGGAUAAUAUUAAUCUAAAAAAAACAGAUUUAAAGAAAAUUGAGAACACGUUGGAAGAAAAUCGGAGACACAGAAAUAUAAUGAGUAUUUUAUCAGAAAUGACGAGUGAUGGAAAACUGUAUAGCGUAAAUAAAAUGAUGAAAACUUUGAAAACUUUGCUAGAAAAUUUAUUAGGAAUAUUGAGCGUAGGCGAUGAAAAUGGAGGUGAUAAAAUUAAAGACGAUAAAAGUGAAGACGAUAAAAUUGAAGUUAAUAAAAGUGAAGACGAUAAAAUUGAAGAAGAUAAAAGUAAAGACGAUAAAAUUGAAGAAGAUAAAAGUAAAGACGAUAAAAUUGAAGACAAUAAAAGUAAAGGAGAUAAAAGCGAAGUUAGUCUGGAAGAAAUAUUAAUGCCGAUAAUUAUAUUGAAAAUUAAAGCCAAUGAAAAGGAUAAAAGUGAGAGCGGGAAUGGUAGUAAAGUGAACGAUACUUGGUAUAACGAUAUUUGUCAUAAAAAUGUAGAAUUUUUAUUCAAACCUAAGGUCGAGUGUAAAGAUAAAGUUAGUUUAAUUAAUAAAAUGGUGGAAAUUUUAUUAAAACUUAUACGCGAUGCCGAGAAUAACGAAAAAGAUGUCAAUUUGUACAUAAAGAAUUUAGAAUUAAUAUCAAAAUUUAUAGAUAAUCUACUGAAGAAUGAAGACAAAGUCAAAAGCAUUAUGGAGUUUAAUGAUUCAUUAUUACCUGAAGAAUUGAAUAUUGUAGUUAAUAUUUUGAGAGUUUUUUCAGGCAUUACGAAUAAGACCAAGAGUGACGAUAAGAAAUUUGAUAUCAUAAGCAGAAUGACGGAUAUGUUAACAGAAAUUGUGAUGAAAAGGAUGUACAAAGAGGGCAAGGAAGCAAAAUUGGAAGAAAAGGACAUGGAAGUCGUAAGCUCAAUAAUAGAAAUUUUUUCAAAUAUCAUAAGUAAAAACUAUAAUGCAACUAUUAUGAAAGAUGUUAAGGAACCUGAAAAUUUAUUCGUGCUUAUAAAAAAUACUUAUGAAGAUAUAGAUAAUAAUGCAAAAAAUUUUACUCAAUUAAAAAGAAUAGUAUUGGAAAUUAUAGAGCUUAUGAUUAAGGCCAUGAUUAAAAAAGAUACAUAUACUGAAUAUAAGGCAUCACAUGACAAAAUGAAUAAAUUGAAUGUCGUAGAUGCAAAAAUAAGAGCAAUUUUAUCUGAAGUUACGGACGACAAUAGUCUUAAUCCAAAUAAUAUUAAGGAGUUAGAUAAUUUAAAAACUCAUUUAGUAUCUAUAAGGGAUGAUGCCAUAAUGGAAAAGUAUUUUAACGAAAAAAUCGAUAUAUUUAAAAAAAUUAAUUCCAAGAAAAUUAACUGGUUUAAAAAGUUACUUCUUUAUUUAUUGACCAUUAUUUUUUUGCCUACUCUUUUUUUAACUGGUUUGAUAUCAUUGAAAAAUGAAGAUAAAGAGUAUGCAGAAUAUAAGUAUCAUUUUAAGAAAUAUAAAGAAGAAGAGCCUUAUGGAUAUAAGAAAAUUAAAUGGGAAAUUUUAUGGAAUAGGUUAAAAAAUGAUUAUAGA